AUGGCGGGAGGAAGUCCUUCAGCCGGAUGUUGUUGUUGUCUCAAUAAUGUUCGAUUCCUCAUUUUAUUCUUAACAACUUUCGCCAUUUCCGCCAUGUACUCAAAUGUUAUUCUUUUCAACUUGACAUCAAUUUUACACACCGAUUUGGAGGACAAUAGUCGACCUGUUGCCGGAUUAGUUUCUAUUCACGAAUAUACUACAUGGCAUGGUAAAUUAAUUAAAAAAUGUUUAAUAUUUGCAAGAUUAUCUAUUUUAGGUCGCAAAAAACGUGAAUCCGAACCAAAUUUUGAUGAAGGACACCCUAUUUUACCGAGUACGACUACCAAGCCAACAACAACCACUUUACCAUUGAUAACUCGAAAAAAGACAGAGAAACCAAAAACUAUCUUCAUCACAAAUUCAGCACCAGUUCUAACAACUACAACUCCACUCCCAACAACAACCGAAUAUGAUGUUGUGAAAGCAGAAGUUGAAAAAUCGUUGAAGAAAUUAAAAGAAGCAGAAGAUUAUCCAUCAAAAGUUGCUGAAGAAGAAAAUGUUGAUAACAAGGCGCCAAAACCAGAAUUCACUCAAAAAAUAAGUCGAACAAUUUUAUACGCGGCUCCUGGUUUUGGAGUUCUUAUUGGACUUCUAGUCACAAUUCAACUCACUAAAAAAGUUGAAACCAGAAAAAUAUUUGGAUUGUUUUUGCUGAUUUCAGGAUGUCUCAGUUGUUCGAUACCAUUUGCAGUUCAUCUUGGUGAGAUUUUUGAUAAUUUAUUUUUUUUUAGAUAAUUAUGUUGUUUCAGGUUAUUUCGUGCUAUUCACUCUUCGUUUCCUUCAAGGAAUUUUAUUCUCGAUUGUGUUUCCAGUAAUGGGAAAUGUUUUGAUAAAUUGGGGUCCGUUAAAAGAGCAACUUUUCUUCAUUUCAACAAUGUUCAUGUUUGUCUCGGUGAGUAUUUUGAGUUUAUUGGUUGGUAGAGUUAUACUGAAAUAUUUUAUUUUUAGUUUGGAUCAUUUGUCUCAUGGCCAUUUACAAUGUUAUUACAUUCAAAUGAAGUUCCGUUAUAUAUUUUAUAUGCAAUUCAUGCUUCAUCGUUGUUCCUUUUUGCUUUGAUGUAAGUUUUUUUGAAUAUUAAAAAAACAGUUAUCAAAAAUCACAUUUUAGCUGGAUAAUAUUCUACCGUGAUCGCCCAGAACAACAUCCAUGGGUUUCUGGAGUUGAACUCAACAAAAUAGUUGCUGGAAAAGUUCAAGAACUUCAAUCAAAACGAACUCCAUCUGAUUCUUACGCAUGUUUGCUGAAAUCUCUAUCAGCUUGGUCAAUUUGGAUCUCAGCUUUUGGAUUUUUCUCAACCACUGCGUUCUUUGCUAUUUAUAUUCCAUCAUUUUUAUCAUCACAAGAUGUAUUUGUUGAUGAUUAUUUGGGAAUAUUUUCCGGACUUCCAUUUCUACCACUUGUAUGUUAAUAUUUUAAAAUAAUUUCAUGGGCGAGGAAAAAAAUUCAAUUCAAUUUUUCAGCCUUUAUUUUGUGUUUUAAUCGGAAUAACUGUUCGAUUUGCUCAUCCAUCAACAAAAUUAGUUCGAAUUUUGAAUACAACUGGAUUUGCUAUUGAAGCAUUGGUAGUUCUAGCAAUUCCGGCUGUUGUCUAUUCAGCAGAACAAAACAGGUGAUUUUUUUCAAUUCGAAUAUUCAGAACCAAAAUUGAGUCAAAUAUUUCAGCCCACUUCUAAUUUUAUCAAUUGCCACAAUUCCUCUUUCAUUAUCAAUUGUUGGUGGAUUUUUGAAAAGUUUGACAAUUGUUGGAAGAGUUUUUGCCAAGCAAAUUGUGGCGAUUUGUGGUGUCUCAUUUGCUAUUGCUUUUAUUAUUUUGCCUAUUGUUGUUAAUUCAGUUGUUGAGCAAAAGUAAGAUUUUCAAAAAUAUUUGUGAUAUAUUAUUUCAAUUUUUUAUAGUUCGCUAGCCGAUUGGACCAAAGUAUUCAUGGCUUUAGUUUUCAUUUUAUUGGUCGUCGCUGUUGAAUUUGCAGUUUUUGGCAGAGGUACUUAUUUUUAAUUCUAAUUUAAUCAACAAAAAUAAAUAAAAUUCAGGAAGAUCAGCUUCAUGGGCCGAAUCCUCUUGGGAUCCAUUAGUUGCCUCAACAAAAAUGCAAUCUCUUGCCUUGAUUGAUUUCAAUCAGGAUGAAUGUGGUUUAUAUGAACUUCGACGUGUAGAACCUUCGGAUAAAAAAUAA